AACUCCUUUUUACUCCCCAUCCAUUUUAUUUGCACAGGAAUUGGCUUUUUUGUUGCGGGGACUCAUUUUCCGUUACCCUUUCUUCAAUCAUAUAUUCACUUGGUAUGAAUAUUCGUUAAUAUGGACGAUGCGACUCUACCCCCGAUGCCUCCCCCCCUCCCUGAACCUCACACUCAAACUGACAUUAACCCUCUACCUAAAUCUAUUGAUCCUCAAAUCCGACCUCAAAUUGAACUCCAAGCCGAACCUGGACAUGAACCAUCUACCUGCUCAGAUAUUAACGAGGAAACGGAGCCAGCCAACUCUUCCCACGAUUUCACCGCAACUGUUCCUCUGAAAGAAGAGAUCCUUGAUCAUGAAGGGAAAUUGGAGGGCGGGAAGCAGAAGAGGAAACGAACUAGGUAUGCGGGAUGAAAUGGCGAGGCCUUCGACAGCCAAUUGUCAAAAACCUCUGAUCCAAACCCGGGAUGCUUGCCCUAUUAUGUAUAAUAGCAGAGUUGUGUGCUGAUAAGUCUGAAUCUACAGCCCGGAAGACCAGGCAUUCCUGGAAGCCGAAUACAAGGAAAACCCGAAGCCGAAUAAAGCAGCGCGUGCGGAAAUCGUCAAGAGUGUUAGAUUAAACGAGAAAGAGGUUCAGGUAUGAUUAUUACUGAAUUACUUCUGUACGUUAUGACGAGACGCGUCUCGGCUGACUGGCGGAUCUUUCUAGAUAUGGUUUCAAAAUCGUCGCCAAAUCAAUCGAAGAAAGUCGCGCCCACUUCUCCCACAUGAGAUUGCAGCAUUUGGCCUUGGUAUAAAUCCUCUGUCUUCUGAUCCUGCAUCCGCAGUCAGCUAUAGUAGCAGCCAAGAAACAGAGGAGCAAAACGAAUCUUUUCCGCCACACGAGCCCUUGGACAUAGUCGAUAACGAGGAAGAGACUAUACAUGCACGGGACGUUCAACCACUGCCGCCAUGUGAAACUACUCCAACGAUUAAACCUACGGAAACAAUUGCGGAAAGGGCUGAAGAUUUAAAAUUGGAAAUCAAGUCCAUCACUCUUGUCUCAGAGACAUCCACGAAUGGAACUCGCUCUCAAUCUGUUUCAGAAGCCUUGUCGCAGUCGUUUUCCGCUACACCUGGAUAUUUGGCCAAUCGAUGGAAUAACGUGAAGCUGUCUUCAACCCCUGUCGCUGCUCAAAGUGUUAUGUUCACAACUCCUGCCAUGUAAAUAUUUCCAUUUUAACCUGUCUAUCGCCGAUGAGCUACUGACAAAUUGCCCCUAGUUCUCGACAAGUUUUCCCAUCAUCUUGUCCUGAGAGGAUCACAACAGAUACAACCCCUAAAUCUCGUGUGCGUCUCUCGACUGGCCUCGAUGGUAGAGCAGAAUUAGUCGAAGGAGAAAUCACCCCUCCCCGCCCGCAUGCUGGACGGCCUACAUCAUCUUUGUCAAGUGUCAUUCCGCUGAAGCGCAUGCGGAGCUUACAACGUAGCCGCAGUGCUUUGCCUCUCGGAUCUUCGUCUUUCGGUGGCGCUUUUAUGCCUCGCUUACCAAGCGGUCGCUCGCGUGAUGCAAGAACUUGGGAAUUCUGCGCUGAAGGAGAACCUCGUGAUGAGCUCACAACUCAGGCUGAAAAUGAGUCCAAUGGUUCAGCAAUCGCGGCUAUUAGUCUUAUCCGCUCGACCAGUUGCGGUGCUUUGAAAUCCAACCCUAGCAAACGAAAUACGCCAUCUCGACCGAAUCCGCAAGGACAGAGGCCUAAGAUGGGUCGUGCUUCAUCAAGUGUUGCGAGAAUGCAGAGUGGAGUCAAGAAACAGAGACAGCCUGCUAAUGAUAAAGAUCCAUCGAUGAGAUCUCCAUCAGAGGACUCGGACAAGGAAAAUUGGAUACCACAUCAAAACGGCGUUAACCCACGUCGACGACCUGCUCAUAUUAGGAAAGAGAUUGAGAUACAACCGAAAGGAAUUCUCCAAGAAAAUCUCAAGAUUCCCACUCAUGCAGACUUCGGCGUUAAUGGAAAUAAAAGAAGAAAGAGCGCACAUGCUGAGGCUCACGUUUACGAGGAUACAGAAACUAGAGUAGAGACCCCAAAAGUCCCUGAUGAUGAUGUUACGCGUUUUAUGCGAGGCUCGGCGAGCCCGAGUAAGAAGGAUGAUGUCGACUGUAUACAAGGACUUCUAUCACUGAGUCAAGGGAAUUGGCGGUAAUCAGGAUCUGCGUGGUCAAUGAUAUGAGAAAUGAAUGUAACGAUGCGGCGCCAUACCUGAGCUUGGUCGUUUGGGGUACUGGUCAAUUUUUGGGAAAGGCAAAUAAAAUUGGUGUAACGGUGUGGUGUAUGAUUAUUAUUUUGGGUUUUCUAACAUUGGGAAGAUGCGAGAAAUGUUGAGUUAAUAGGGAUAAAUCUAUAGUGCGAAUUUACCUACUUGCGUAAGUAAGUGCUUUUGUUGAUCGUUAUUUUUGAAGCCUUGACAGAGGAACUGGGAUGGCUUUUGACCUGUCGGCUGAGGUACUGUCAUUUGUUUAUUUUAUGACGGUCAUUGAGGGAAUCCCCUUUUUGAAUUAAGCGAAUACAGCAGUUACACUUGUAAUAAAACUAC